AUGCCUUUCAAACUGGAGGCUCUCUUCACAGAGGCCGUGAUAUGGACGCGUUGCGUCUACGCGUUGUCAACCAUUUCUGACACCAUCAAGGUCACGUUGAAGGAGGCUGGCGACAAGUACGAGCUUCUGCUGACGGCCGUGAACAUCAACAAAACCAGCUCUUUGACGUGCACUUUUCGUCAGGAGUUUUUCCACACAUUUACCAUAGAAGGCGAUUUGCCGGUUGUGAACAACCAGCAGACGUUCAGCUUUCUGAUCAACAGCAAAACCAUGAAUGUGUGCUUCAAAGACUGCGAAAACACGGAGUCUUUGAAACUGCUGCUGAUCCACGAGAACGUGCCCGAUUCAAGUCAGAUCUUCAGCAACAAGCUGUUCGUAGAGGCCACGCGCACGAACGGGGUGACCAAAAACUACUCGCUGACGUUCCGACCCGGAUACGCGUCGGAUGAUCUCAAGAUCAGCAGGGUUUAUGCCCGCUUAGUGCGUACACAGGACCAGGAAGACCGUGUGCACCAUCUGGUGAUGGAGAUUCGCAUUCUGAAAAAGUUCCUAAGCAUGUUUGGACAGGGUCUCGAGGAUUUCAGACUUGAGGUGUAUCCCAGUGCACGCAAGAUGCUGUUGCACGGAUUCAACCGCCAGGAGCUGCUGAGCCAGAAGAACGCGUCGCUGGCGACGCAGCCGAUGAGUUUGUCGAUGCAACUGAGUCUGAACGACCUGGUGGACGAAAACACCCUUCCGGGCGACCAAAAACACACUAUCGCGUUCAGGUUGCGUGACUUCCGCACUUUUGUGCAGCUGGCGGGUGCCGAGAGCGGUCAGUGCUCCAUCAAUUUCAGCUACGAGGGCUCUCCGAUCGUGUUUGAGCGCCGCAUCGCGAGGGGAGAGCACGAGCGGUGCGAGGUGUGCAUGUUUACGCUGACCAUGAUCAGCGACAGCGAGGCCACAGAGACCGCUCCGUUUGCCGAGCCGGCAAAACAGCCACAGUCCGCAGAGUCGCUGUUUGUGUCCGAGCCGACGGAGUCGACUGCUCCCGCACAGAUCGUCUGGAACAACGAGCCCCACGACACAGCUACACAGGACCGGCCUCGGAGUCCGCCGGCGAUGGCCCGCGAACAAGACCCCCAGCCCGAGCCGUUGCCCUUCGACCCUGACCAGCUGGACCCGACGCAGGUGCCCGUUGCCAAGGGCCUCUUUGAUUAA